AUGAAAGAGAUAAGAAAUAAUAAGCAGAUAAGUGAUAACCGAUAAAGCGACGACGACUGGCAUGAUGUUAAAAACGGUUGCAUAUGACUAUUGACUAUCCGUGUGUGCGGUCCUAGACAUCGAUAGGAUAGGGGGAAAAAAUAAAUAAUCAACUACAAAAAAAAUAUAUAGGUAGUUACGACUGUUACGAAACGGUAUAAGACGACAAUUACAAAUGUACGGACGGAAAUUCGUUUGACAAUACCAUAAGUCAUAGCUUCCAUCGUUGGCCAAGCAGACACACAGGGUGUUUUUGACGCCAUCGGUCGAAAAAAACGCUUUCGGCCUUUUUAAGUAUACUAGCACAAAUAUCUUCAAGUAAAAUGGCUUCUACUUUAGAAGAUAGAGAAGAACUAAGUUCAAAAUGUUUUAUAUGCAAUGUAAAAGUUACUACUCGUUCAUCAUACAAUAUUUAUUGUACUUUUAUGCCUCAAAGAGAAUUGUUGUUAAUAGAUGUCAUGUCAAAAAUACUUAAAAAGGUUUUGAAUCCUUCUCAAAUGAGAAGCUCACUAUUGUGUCGAAGGUGUUUUACACUUUUUGAUGAAUUGGAUCAAAUAUCUACACGUUUUAAAAAGCUUCAAACUGACAUUAUUAAACGUUAUACUUCUACUUGUAACGAAUAUAAAGAUGGCAAUUUUUUAAAUACUGUGAAUAGUAUGACUCCAGUAAAAAUUGAAGAACUUUCACAUAGUGAACAAGAAAAUGAUAACAAAUCCUUUAAUGACGAUGAAAAUAGCGAAAAAUCAUUCAUAGCUCUAAAUGAGAUUGUUGAAAACAUUAUAAGUCGUAUACAAGCUGAUGAAACUAUGGACAGCGAUGAAGACAUUAAAAAAUGUACUUCUGAUAUUUCAAAAAAUAAAAUAAUUAAUGAAGAGGUUACAAAACAUAUUGAUUCAGUAGAUAUUCCUUUAUCUGUGAUUGAAAAACCAACCUGUGAAACAAAAUUGAGUGAACAAAGUGUUGGUGAUAAUUACAAAUGUGAACAAUGUGAUGACACUUUUCUUCAAGCUACAGAUUUAAAGAAUCAUUUUAGUAUAGUUCAUACAAAACCUAAAAUUGUCUUUUGUUCUGUUUGUAAUAAAAGCUUUUCAACCAAACAAUCAUUAAACAAUCAUUUAUCCAAAGAGCAUAACACUCUGGAUAAAGAGACUAUUAAUAAUAAAGUUGAUUCAAUUUCACCAACAGUAAAAACUGAAAACGAAACCUCUCUUUGUGAUACGGAUUCAAACAUAGUCAGUGAAGCUAGUGCUGAUUAUAUGAAUGAUGCUCCCGAAGGUGUAGUAAUUGAUGUGAAACCUGAAUUUUCCAUUGAUAAUAGCAUGUACUUGGAAGAAGUUGUACAAGAAGAAAAUGAAGAUGAUGAUUUUGAAUGGAAAGAAGAACAACAAAUUAACUAUAUUGAAGAAAAUAUCAUAGAAGAUAGUUCAAGUGCGAUUGAAGAAACAAAAACUCCUUUAUCGGGAUCAGAAAAAUCUGAUAAAAAACAAAUAAAAAAAGGACGAAAAAAAAGGGGUAGCUCACGUUCUGGUGAACGUGCCUGUUUACCGGCUAUACAUAGUUGUGGACUUUGUGGCAAAAAAUGGAGGACAGUAACAGAGUUAAAAUCGCAUAUACAAUCGCAUAGUUCUAUUAGACCUUAUGUCUGUGAGAUAUGUGGUCAAGCAUAUAAAAUGAAAAAAGCUUUAGAUGUGCACAUUGGAAUGCAUAAUGGUAUACAUCCUUUUACUUGUGAAUACUGUAAUAAGUCUUUUACACAAAAAGUUGGUCUUCAAAAACAUAUCCCUAUUCAUACUGGAUAUACACGUUUUCAAUGUGAUUUAUGUGGGAAACGAUUUAUUCAUCAAAAAAGUUUUCACAUACAUACAAUGACUCAUACAGGUGAAAAACAUGUUAAAUGUUCUGAAUGUGGUUUAGCUGUUUUAUCUCAAUCACAUCUUAAGCGACAUUUAAGAGUUCACACUGGAGAGCGACCAUAUGCUUGUCCAAUAUGUGGCAAACGUUUUGCUGAAAAGUAUAAUAUGAACGCUCAUGUGCAUAUCCACGAGAAUAAUUCAGGAAAUGCACCAAGAAGAAAUAGAAAUCAUAUAUGUCAAUUGUGUGGUAUGAGUUAUGAUCGAAAACAUAAACUUGAAUAUCAUUUAGCUUCAGCACAUAAUAAAAUUGACAAUAAAGUUUCUCAAGAUCAAGAAUUAGUGCAACUACAACAACCAAAAAUUGAAUACUUUCAAGAAAAUUCCCAAGGUCAUCAAAUUAUCAAUGUGGAUAAUAAUGCUAUUGAACACAAUGGUAGCACUACAAUGAUAACAGUUAGUGGUGUUAAACUUCCAAUAUCCUUAGAUGGUGCUCCAAUUAUGGUUACUGCGAUGCCACAAGAACCCCAUACUACCAACCUUGUACCACUCAAUAUACCUGCAGGUUCUCUCCUCACUUAUAGGCCGUCAAACACCAGUGAUAAUAACGAUCAACAGAUAGUUGAUGGUUCACAAAACUCUUAUAUGCCACAAAAUCCUGUUACAAUACAAUUGUCUUAAGGUCGUAAGUUUAUAAGUAAAAAUAAGGUGAGGACUGUAACCUCUAAAAUCACACAAGACCCUUAGAAAUUAUGUUUAUACGCCAAACCUUGAAUCUAACAUUUUGUAUUGAGAUUGAAUUGUAAAUAGUAGUUUUAAGUAUCUACUAACUACUUACAUUUCUUAAAUAUUUUAAGUCUUAAAUGCCUAGUAUUUUAGAGUCUAUUGUUGCGUGCACAACAGUUAUAAUUAUUAUUAAUAAAUAAUAAUAUAAAGCAAUUAAUAUUUUAUC